ACAGAUUCAACUGGCAAUGAAAACAGGAGUUGGGAUUUGUUUAGCGCUGCGUUUGGGUUUUGCAAUAUUUCGCUAAGAAAAAGAUACCAUUAAAUUUAUGGAUUUAUUAUAGUGUCUUCAAUUAAACUAAGUAAACAUUAAGAAUGUUUUGGAGCGCUAAUUAUAUGACUAUUAGGCAGUUGAACUUUCUUCUUAAGGAGGAGAAUGUAACUUUGACACAAAUCCUGGAGGCGGACGACAUCCUUCAGGAGUGUAAAGCGGACAACAAAGAUCUAAUACGAUUUUUAACAAGACCGGAGAUCUUAACUGAACUCAUUGCCUUAAUAACUGAGGAGCCAUCUAAGGAUGUAGAAUUAACAACACAGUACCGACAUUCAAAUAUUGCCUGUGAAGUGCUAACCAGCCAGUUGUCUGGCCUGAUGUCCAGUCUAUGCAUAGAUGUGAAGCAGAUGAAUCGGCUUUGUGAUUUCCUGAAUAGGGAUCCACCUCUCAAUCCAUUGCUAGCAUCAUACUUUAGUAGAACUAUUGAAACAUUGCUGAAAAGAAGCCCUAUGCAGGACUCCUAUUUGCAUCAAAUAUUAUGUUUCCGAGCACUGGACUUCUUUAAGGCUCGGAAGGAUUUUUUACCUAAUUUAUUAAGACACAUUGCCACCUCAGCUAUAGCAGAUACAAUAAAAUAUUUUGUAUUCUAUCUUGAGGAGCCUUUUAGUGAAAUAAUUGAAAAGUGGCUGGUUGAAAAUGAGUUUUUGGAAAAUCUUAUACAAAUAAUUUGCUGUGAUUAUGAGCCCAAUGAAAUUCAGACAACACCUGUACCUGUGCCAAUAGAACAAAAGUCAGAAAAUGAUGUUGAGAAAGGGGUGCAUGAAGAGAGUGAAAAAGCAGAAGCAAGUCAGAAGGAAUCCAUCACCAGUGGCGACUCUAGUAAAAAAAGCUCGGGGAUGACGGAACGCACGCGGCGACUGCGAGUGGCGGCGUCGGCCAGUGCCAGUGCGCUGGCGUGUGGCUUAGCAUGCAGAUGGGCCGGGGAAGACUGGCGACCUUCUUGGACGACCCGGUGCUUGAGCGCCCGCUUACGCACUAAGCCCAUGGUCAAUGCGCUCCUUCUCGGCUGCUUCUGUAGUCCCCCGGAAUUCUACGAUACCGCGUUGUUCAACGCCUGCCGUCUUCUGCGAGUGCUCAUCCAGCCGAUGGAAGAUAUGUGUGACGUGGAGUUGCGAGAUGUGACGCCACAUCUGCCGCUACUGCAGCAAGAUCUACUGCGCGAGCCAGCUAUUGGACCCAGCGGGCGGCGAAGGGUGGGAGCGGCGCGCCUCCAGGUGGUGGCGCUCAUGGCAGAGCUCAUGGGAACUCAAGAGCCCACGGUGCACAUGGUCAUGCGGACACUGGCCAUGCCUGAUGUGCUGCUCAACAUGUUCUUUGCCUUCCCCGACAACAACUUCCUACACGCGCAGGUCUGCACGAUGUUACACAAUAUAUCACAGAACAAAUCACAGGCCCCGGUCUAUUGGGUACAGCUGGUAGAAGAAGGCAACUUGCUGACACGGCUAAUGGACACUUUUGAGGAAAAUGAAGACAAGAAGACGACUCGUCGGUCGAGCUUGAUGGGUCACGUGACAAUCGCCUGCCGUACUUUGGCGGCGGCGGGCGUUGGGUCGUUUGCGUUGCCGGAAGUUAAAGAACGCUGGGAUGCCUUUCUGCAGACCCGUCUCCAACCGCUGCUGACACGCCUGGACGCGCCACUCGGCGGCGAGUACCCAUCGGAAACAUGUUACGAGUUGGAGGCUGUCAAGGAAGGCGUGUCGCAGUAUCCAUCUACGGACAACUACAACGACGAUAUGUGGGAGGACAGCCCCAGCAAUGUUUUGGAUUUCGAUGAAAGCAUGCAGCUAGCGCUUGACUUGCCGUGGGAGCGGAGUUCCGGAUGGGGAGAUGAUGAAGUGAAGAAUGAGGGUGAGGAAGGGGCUUCUCUUCCUGUCCCUGAAGACGAGGGUUGGGCCCAGUUCGGAAGUGAUACGUGUAUGCCCCCCGUUGACCCCUUCGCCCCACAAGACAAUCCAUGGAGCCAAAACGAAAGCGGUGAAGAGAACUGCAAUAUGUCUGAACUGCAAGCUGAGCUGAAUCAGCUGCAAAUGGAUGGAACUGCUGAACUGACUCACAACUUGCUGUCUGCUCUCAGUAGCCUCGCCCCUCAUCACCUAGCCGAGCUCACCGAUACCGCGUCACAGCUGCCCGCAGCCUUACCCCACACAGACCCUCCGAUAUCGGACCUUCAAACGAUAAUCCCCAACGUUGAAAUCACCACCGACCCAAAAACUGAAGGUCAACCCAUCCUCGGCGAUUCUGACGCUACCUUGAACUCCAACAAUCCUGAUACCAAUGCUUUAUUUACUGAGGAAAUCGCGUCUCAUACAACAAGUGUUGAAAAACCGUUCGGUAAUUCCACGUUUAAUGACCUUCAAAAAGAUGACAGUGAGGUCAACCCUAACGUGUCUGCAGUUGGGAAAUCUGACGCAGAAAAGACAAAUGUAGUCGGCAAAUCUGACACCCAAAUUACAAAUGUCAUUUGCACGUCUGAUUCCGAAACACUAAAUGAAAUCGGCAGUGUCACUGCGGUGUCAAACGAAAUCGGAAAUGUCAAAUUGUCAGAUGAAGUCGCAAAGCUUGUCACCGAAGUAUCGGGUGCGAACUCUGAGACCAAAAUAAUGAGGGAGUUGGACGAUUUAAAGGCAUCGAGUGCGGUCGACAGCCCUAACCUUACUGUGGCGGAGAGAUGAUUCCGCCGCAAAUCCCGCCACAAGAAGCCUCGCGCCCGUCUGUUACCUUCCUCUCGACCCCCUAGCUCUGUCCAUUAAUGGCUGUAAUCUGGAUAGUUGAAAUUUUAUUAACCUGUAUAUUUAAGACCGUUUCGAUGAUUAAGGGUUGUGGUGCUUGCGGCUUGUAAAUAUCGGUUAAGCGACACUCGCUUCUGGAGUUAAGUCAAUUUACCCGAGGAUUGCGACACUCGACAUGAGGUCACGUUUAAAUAUUGCUUGAUUAUUGUUUUAUGCAUUCAUUUCAUCCAGUCUAGUGAAGUUUUUAUUUAAUAAUUAAAUAAAAUGUUUGAUCUCUUUAUUUCGAUUUGAUCAUCAUCGUCACCCACGUGAUGCGGGAUAUUAAUAAUACCUCAAUGUAAAAAAACAGUGCAAAGUUUUAAAGAUUUUUGAGGAACUUAUUGGACCAUUUUAUUAUAUACAAAUUUACAUUACGGAUAAUGGCGAAUAGGCUGUGAGCGCCAUUUUAUAUUUUGCGUAAUUUGGAGUUUUGAAUAUCCACUUAUUCCGAUAUCUAAGUCGGUAUUAAUUGUUUAUGUAAAUUGUUCGGCUUUAGGCUUAGAUUUUGAUGAAUUAUAUUAGGGUUAUUUGAUCGUGGGAGAUAAUCGUUUAUCGAUAUAUCGAUAACUCAUUCGUUAUGAAUUAAGUGAAAGCGAGAACAAUUGAUUGGCGCUCACGGCUACGACCGGCCUUCAAAAACAACAGAGCUCAGUAUUAUUGUAUAGUAAUACCUGUCGAUAUGGGUUUUACAUACGUACGCCUCCUAUAUAACAUUGUAAGUGAUGGUCGAUGGUCACGUGUUGGUUACGAGCGUCGGUGGUUUGCUUCGUUAAGGAAUUGCUCAAGUUUUCUAAGACAUUAGUUUAGCUGUUACUCGAGAUGACGCGGUCCGUAAUUAGAAGAUUGAAUAACUGUUACCGCUUUGAAUGAAGUAUUCGGAUGAACGGGGCUCGUGACCAAAGAUUUCAAGUGACGUUGAUACAAGGCAACUAAAAUUCGUCUGCCAGCGAUUAUUUGAUACGUGUUCAAUUUGUAUGGUAGCGUAAAUAGUGUAACGCGUAGCCUUAACAUUGUACCUUAUGUAGUCGAUUGCUUCCUGAGGCGCUCCUAUCUCGCCAUGUAUAUCGUGUACAUAUCGAUGCCCUUUAUUUUUCUCUCCGACCCGGUAUUUGCUUUCUCCUAAACCAAAUUGAUCAUCGCUUUUUGAAGAUCGCUUUAACAUUAAUUAAAGCAUGUUAAGGUGUGUUAAAAAAUAAUGUUUAGUUACUAAAACGAAAUACAAAACUUCUUGAUUGUAAUGCUCUUCAAUAUAACUAGUCCAAUCUAAGACAGAGCACAUUUUCACCGAAGCAGAGACAUUCGUCGUUUCGUUGCACAGUUUAAACACUCGGUACUAUCGUUUCUGUAGAUUGAUCUGAUUAAGAAAAUGCAACAAAAAUUGUAUUUCAAUGUUGGACCUGCAGGCUUACUAUCUAAUUUGAAUAGCGAUUCGAUUCUAGUUUGUAUUAGUUCCAAGAUGAAUCAGUGCAUCGAAGAAAGGACUAUUAAGUAUUGUGCUUCGUAAAGGAGAUACAAUUUUAUAACAGAUUUAUUAAGAUUAUUGGAUUUACAGAGUAAGCCUGAUCGAGUUUUCUUAGUGUUCAUAUAGUGAUGUGGUGUCGCGUCGACUUUGUCCAAAAAAUGCUUUGUACCUAUUUAGGUACAAACAGUUCACGGUAAAUUUGUGUUGUUAAUGUUAUAGGUAAUUUUGUUACGCCCAUUGUUGAGCUAUGAUAUCAAAUGUAAAGUUUAAUUAUCGUUAUCGCUCCUACAUGUCUGCGUAUCGGUGGGUUAGACCCUUUGUGCCGUGAUUCAUUGAAAAAAACUGAAACGAAUGUGCAAUAUGAAAUUGUUUUAUCGUUUGAAAAAUUAUUAUCGUUGCAACAGCUCGUUAAACUUUUGUACAUUGCCAAACAGUCUGACGCUUGUUCCGAACAAUGUUUUAUCUGUGGUAUUUUAUGAUCGUAAAAUUUAAGAUAGAUUUGUUUUUCCUAUAGUUAAGUCCGUUUGAAAUGUAUUAAGUAUAUAUUCGUAGACGCCAGUAUCCACCGAAACCGGUUUUAGCAGUACGAAGGUAAUUAAGGUGUAUUUGAGAUCCGAUACAUAUCGCUGUAUCUAGUUCUAAACCGAGCCUUGCUAUGUGUAUUAAGCCUUUUGUUGGUUUAAGUGACCUUUAUACAAUUUUGUGAUUUUACGGGGCACACGUGCCGAUACCUAGUGCAUGUUAACGAUUUCAAACCCUCAGUAUUGCGCAGGUAAUGGCGCCUUUCAGUUAUUAUAUCUAAAUUACACAAGUUUCUCUCGUUAACUCGCACUAGUUAGUCGAUACUUACACUUGUUUAAGGUAAAAGUGAAUGAAGUUGAAUGUGAUUAGAUGGGCGUCGCUGCGUCACGCGCUUUCGACACUAAAUUAGUGAAGAUUAAUUGUAUUAUUUGUAUUUGAUUAAAUAGAGACGCAUUUUCACGCACGCGACGCCCAGUGAAAGGUGCUAAUUUUAAGGUCUAAUAUGAGCGCUGUAUGUUUGUACAACUAUACAUUAUUAGAAUAACUUUAGCUAAAUAAAAACCUCUCGUUGUAUUUGUACAACGAGCAUUAAGUAAUCAAAAUCCAAUAAAUCCCAAAAGGAAAUCCGUAUCUCAGGUGAUGAAUCCAUAUAUCACGCAAGACUAGUACAACUAAGAUUGCGUUUAAUUAUUUGUAUUACGGAAGUAGACUAUAGUAUUGAAAUUAUUUUAAGGUUUAUAGAUUACAUGAAUUGCUAAUUUUGUGUCUUUGAAUCAGUUCCUUUUUAAAUCAGUCUAUUUUUUUCUUUAUGGCGCUCAUAUUGUCUCGCCGAGGUCAAUCGGAUUAUGAACCAUCCCAAUAGAACUUGUUUGUCCAACUACUCACUUAAUUAUAAUUGUAAGCAAUGUAAGAUAAACGAAAGCAGCAAAUAUAUGUAAUGUUUGAGAAA